AUGCAAGAAACAUUUGCAGAAGUGGAUUGGACUUUUGAGAGAAUGGUCGUCUUAGAUUGUGAACAUGUAUAUACAGCAGAAAGUCUUGAUCAUCUGAUGGACAUGAAGGAAUAUUACGAAAUGGAUAAAAACGACAAUUGGGUCCGAAUCAAACCAAUUACAUCACAACCAAGUGAAUCUAAAAAAUGUCCACAAUGCCGUGCUCCCAUUAAGAAUAUUUACCGUUAUAGAAGAUCAACGAAUAAACAUGUUUUGGAUGUACAAAACAAAAAAUUUUUGAUGAAAUAUGAUAACUAUUUGAAGAAAUUAAACAAAGAUAUAACAACUGCUACAAGGAAACUAGAAAAUAAUCGAAAGAAAUUUUUAGAAGAAAUUCAAAAGCCGUUGAAAAUUCAAGGAAAAAAAGAGACGAGAAUUGCAGAAAUUGCAGAUUCAACAUUAGAAGUUACAUCAACAGAGCAAUAUACAUUGCUUGAAAAAUAUUAUUCUAUUCCAAUGAUACAUGAAAUAGAAUGGACGCGACAUAUAUCAGCACUUCUUACAAUAUAUAGAAAGUUGACACUAUUAAUGUUUGAAACAAAAUCUCCACCAUAUAAACUUGCGUAUGAGGCUGCUGUGUCUCUUUUGUAUGCGUCAAAAACCCAAACAGAUAUAUGUGAUCUCGGAAAAAAUUUUGAAUCAUUGGACAUUUUAGAUUAUGACUCACCUGCUCGACAACAACUAAAACUUAAAGAAACUUUGGCAGAAGUUGGAUUAAUUACUCCAAAAAUAGAUGUCCGCAUGUAUCUUGACGCGUUUUUUGAAAUUAUUAAUAUUCAAAAAGUCAUUUUUUAUGAAGUUUCCCAGGUUAUUACUGAGUUGUCAAAAAUAAGAGGAACGAACGAUAACCUUGUUUCUUAUGACAAAAAUUGGAUUGAAUUUGGUGAAAUUAUAAUUGAAGCAAUUAAAAAACACCUUGAUAUUAUAAUUACAACAGCCCAACAAAAUAAUUAUCGUCGUCAUGUUGUGUUGUCAUCGCUGGAGUUGGCGGAAAUUGAUUGUAAAGCAGAAUGGUUUAAGCUCAAAUAUCCUCCUAAUGGGACAAUAAAUCCUAUUAUUCAGAAGUCAGUCAAACAUAGAUGUGCGGAAAUUGAAAAUAUGUGCCAAGACAUUUGUAAUAUGCUUUCCACAAUGAACGUUGAAUAUUUUGAAAAGCAAUGUAAGUCAAGAAUUGAAGAAAUUCACCGAGAACUUGUUGACAUUCGGACUGCGGCUAUGAGGGACAUACCCUUAACACGUGAAGAAAGGCUGCAAAUAUUUAAAGUAAUGAACAGUGAAUUUCAAGGAUCAGGA